ACAAAGAAAGUCAAUAAACAAAGAAGCCAGCAACCAGCAAGCCAAGUUGUAGCAAGCGCUGUUUUUGGUGAAUAUAGAAAUGUCUCCUACGGCAGCUAAAAGUCAGGAAUUUAGAAACCUAGUGUCGUCAGAAAAUUCCCAACCAUUUCGUAGAGCUUUAGUGGUGGUUGAGAAAAAAUUGAAAUUUUUAGAGCAAAAGAAGGCGAGGAUCGAGGCGUACGCGGAGGCCCAGCGCGGCGGCCGGCAGCUGACGGGCGGCCAGGAGUCGGCGCUGGCCCGGCUGGGGCAGGUGACGCGCAUGCUGGGGGACUUGCGCGAGGUGCACGGGCAGCUGUGCAGCAUCGCGCAGGCCUCGCACGCCCCCGAGCUGCCAGGGAGCUCGCGCGGCCCCGACGGGACGCAGCAGGACCUGGCCAAGAUCAGGGACGUGCUCAUGAUCCAGUAUGUGCUCCAAAACAUGCGCCAAGACAAGGUUCGUGAGGACUUCCUGACGGGCCAGAAUGGUGCGAUAUGCCUCACUGAGAGUGAUCUUGAGUGCUUGGAUGAGUUCUACGUGGAGAUUUCCCUCAUGAAUGACACGGAAGACGACGUGCCGUCUUUUCAGGACCAGUUGCAGCAGAGUGCCGAACAUUUGCUGGCUCUCGUGAAUGGCAAAGCGAAGGAAAUAAACGGAACAACAUAUGCCAAGCUGAAGGAACUGAUUGUAGCCAUACAGACCUGCGGCUAUUUUGACUAUAUUGUGGAGGAACUCGCUACACACCCAAUUUUCCAGAACACCUUGAAGGAAGAGACAUUGGUUGUAGAGGAAUUUGAAGUGGCGAAUGGCGACAUUGAGGCAGAUGAUUACUCCAUACAAGACCAAGGGACAUUUGUUCAAGGGAUUCCUUCCAGCUACGGCUGUGUUAACGGAGCAGAAACAUCUAUGGCCCUUUCCACGCACUCUAGUGAUGACUUGUUCACGUGCUCCAAUUGCCCGGCAAAAUUCUCCAAAAGAUUCCUCCUGAGGCGGCACAUGCGGUCCCACUCCAGCAAGAGGUCGGAAUGCUGCACCGUCUGCAACACGACGUUUUCCGGGGCCAAACACCUCGAGAGUCACAUGCUUGACCACGCUUCGGAAAGACCCUUUGUUUGUGCCAAGUGCAACGUCGGCUACAGACGGAAAGAUCAUCUCAAAAGACACAUAAUGACCCACGGCAAUAAGAAAGCGUUUCCUUGCUCCAUGUGCAAAGCCAGGUUCACCAGACAGAAAGCUCUACAAAGCCACAUGCGAAAGCACUCGGAUAGAAAAUUCUGCUGUUCAGUUUGUGAUGGUAAGUUUUUCGAAGAUGACGACCUCAAGAAACACAUGCUCUGCCAUACUCCCAAGAAAACUUUUCCAUGUUCAGUGUGUUCCAUGGAGUUUGCUGACAACAUGACCCUCAAGAAACAUGUGCCGGAACAUUCCAGUACCACGUUCUCCUGUCCGGCUUGUCGGGCCAAGUUCUCGUUGAAGUCGCAGCUGAGCGAACACAUACUCUCGCAUUUGUAACGUGCGUGCACAUGCGGGGUGCAGUUCUUUGUCGUGUGUACUCGUCAAUAAAUUAUUUUCCAUUU